AACCGGUUUGUCUUUUACGUGUGUGAAAGACUGAAGGCGGGCAAGAUUUAUGCAGAUGUGUCUAGAGCCGUUGGUGUUUGGUGACAUGUUCGGACUCGGUGGUGUAUAUGCUCCUGUGUCAGUAAUGUAAAGGCGUUGGAGGUUCAUUUCGGCGCGUUUCCUCCUGUUCGGAGCAGCGACGCGCGGAGUGGGCUGAGCUACAUGUCAACGCACUUAGGAGAUACGAGCCACUGCACUACCGACUCGUCGGCUGUGAUGGACGGGAAACCCGAAUCGGUGUAAAUGUGGAUAUACACGAAUGACUCGGAUGAAUGGUUUACCUGAUGCUUGUUUUAAUCGCUUAUUACUGACGCCACUUAAACGGAGCUGCCACCAUGAAAAUCAGACGGAGAUUUUUACCCAGAUGCUGCUCUUUUUCUCCAUAGCGUGCCGUGAGCUAAGUAAAUGGACACAAUGUUGCUGGCCUCGGCCGCGGUGGUGUGGGAAUGGCUGAACGAGCACGGCCGCUGGAGGCCCUACAGCCCUGCUGUGUCUCAUCACAUCGAGACGGUGAUCCGAAGCGAAUCCCGGGGAGGGAGCGUCGUGCUAGGCCAAGCAGACAGCCGCCUCUCGCCCUACAUCAUCGACUUACAGUCAAUGCAUCAGUUCAGGCAGGACACAGGUACUUUAAGGCCAGUACGUAGAAGUUUCUAUGAGCCCACUUCAGCACCAGGUCAGGGCUGGCAGUGGGAGUGGGAGAAUGAUGCGGGUUCUUGGACACCAUACGACAUGGAGGUGUGCAUCGCCCUGCAGGCGGCACGGGAUCGCCAGCAGCCAUGGUUGGAUCUGGCACCGCUUGGCUUCUGCUACCUCGUGGACUUUCAAAGCAUGACUCAGAUCAAUCAGCAAACACAGAGGCGCCGCCGCAUCCAGAGACGCUCAGACAUGACCUAUCCGCUUGUCUCUGGACCAUUGCCAAAAGCCUCCCAAGGUUGGGGCACUGGGCCUGGAGGGGCUGCUGGUGGUGGAGGCACUGCAGGUGGAGGUUCAACUGGAGCACUUCUGGGAGUUGGAGUUUCUGGAUCUAGCUCAAGUGGAAAUGGUGGUCCACUCUACCCUAGUGGAACACUUUCAAUGUCAUCUAUUUCCCCUCCUGGACAACCGUGUGCCUGCCAACAGUGCAUGCUUGUCUUGAGUGUGAAAGCAAAUGCCAUGGCAUCACAAACACUAGGACGCAGACUGCCACCCACAAAAGCACUCAGUCCUAAUUCCAGCAGAGGGACACUUCCGUACUCCUCUACAACCUCAUCCAUAUCAAAUUCAUACUCGCAAACACUGCCUCAUGGGCUGUCCUUGAACCGCUCCCUCUCACAAGAGCGCAAGAAUGCUGCUGCUUUUGCUCAGUCUUUGUCCAUGCUCACCUCAAACACUGCCACUCUUUCACUGUCCUCCAAUCGUCCACCUCCUCCAUCUUUGCCCCCUCCACCACCUCCACCAGCAUCACAUCAGCAGUCUUUAUCUAUGCCAAGCUGCACCUCAACAACAUCUUCUUCUCAAUCAGUGCCAACUGCAACACUUAUCACUGUGGCUACAAGCAGCACGUCAAGUUCAUCCUCAUCGUCAGCAUCAACAGCCGUUCCACCUCAGCGAUCUGCAGCCUGUGCCGCUCCUUUGCCCCCUCGUGCCAGUCUGGCAGGGCUGAGCCGGCCAGCGCUACAAAGAAUUGCCAUGGCACAAUCCCGGGCACUCAUUGCCUCUGGCGUGCCAACAGUGCCAGUGAAGAACCUUAAUGGUUCCAGUCCCAUCCAUCCAGCUUUAGCAGGAAUCACAGGUAUUCUGAUGAGUGCAGCAGGGCUACCUGUGUGUUUGACACGUCCUCCUAAACUGGUGCUGCACCCUCCUCCUGUCAGCAAGAGUGACAUCAAACCAAUCCCCGGUCUUGGACACUGCUGCCGGAAAACCAGCAAAAAACAGGCUCGCAAAGGCAAGACUCCAGAGGAGGUAGUGAAGAGGUACCUACAGAAAGUCAGGAAUCCUCCUGAAGAGGACUGCACUAUUUGUAUGGAGCCUUUGGCUGGCCCUUCUGGUUAUAAAGGCCCAGGUGUGGGUGCCGUGUCCCGCGCAGAGUCAGUGGGUCGACUGACACAGUGCGGCCAUCAGUACCAUCUACAGUGCCUGGUAGCCAUGUACAACAACGGCAACAAAGAUGGCAGCUUGCAGUGUCCCACCUGCAAGACGAUCUAUGGUGUGAAGACGGGCAACCAGCCACCUGGGAAGAUGGAAUACCACGUCAUUCCUCACUCACUUCCAGGACACCCUGACUGCAAAACUAUUCGCAUAAUAUACAACAUACCACCAGGCAUACAGGGCUCUGAGCACCCAAACCCAGGAAAGCCUUUCACAGCAAGAGGGUUUCCACGCCACUGCUAUCUUCCAGACAGUGAGAAAGGACGGAAGGUGUUAAGACUUUUAUUGGUAGCAUGGGACAGGAGGCUGAUCUUCUCAGUGGGUACGUCUAGCACCACGGGCGAGUCAGACACAGUCAUCUGGAAUGAGAUCCAUCAUAAAACCGAGUUUGGCUCCAACCUCACAGGUCAUGGCUACCCUGACCCCGGCUACCUGGACAAUGUUUUGGAGGAGCUGAAGGCUCAAGGCAUGACAGAGGAGGAUGGACAGCAGCUGUGAAGAACAGGACAGAUAGGAGAAGGAGUAUAGAGUUCAAACAAAGGUUGACGCUAUGAGAAGUGGACUUAAAAUGGGAGGGGGCUAACUGGACAAUUAGGCUUUUUUGUUGGGUUUUAGGAAAUUUUAUGUUUUGGGAAAAGUGGUUUCGUAGGCACAAAGCGUGUGUGUGUGUGUGUGUGUGUGUGUGUGUGUGUGUGUGUGGGUGUGUGUGUGUGUGUGCAUCCUAGAGUGACUGUGUGUUUGAAUUAAUGAGUGAAUGAGCGGAAAAAUGACAUGCUCAGUUGUAGACCAAAUGUUAUACAUAAAUGAAUAAGAGCUGUGGUUAGGUAUUCCUGGCCCUCUAAUUUAUUUAUUGAUAUUGAUUAAUAAAUAGUCAGCACUAAUACUUUUAGCUAAGAAGAUGGAGUAUUGAAAGAAAGGAAAUGAAAAUGGUUCAGCAACAGAAGGAAAAGAAAGUACACUGAAUAGAGAAAUUGGAAAUGUACGGGAAGGUAAACUUGUGGUGGGGAGCCUAAGCAGAAGAAUGAGAAUACGAAAGGCCAAAGAAUGUAGUUUUCAUCUCAUAAGUUAAUAAAUUAGGUAUCCAUUGUGAUAGAGCUGUAGUGAAGGUUGGGGUAUGUCUGUGUGUGCUUGUGUGAAGGUGAGAGGACAGCCUUGUGCCCUCAAAAAAAUUCACAUUUCCUUAAAAACAUUCCUUAUUACGACCAUUUCAUAAGAUUGAGUUAUAUAAUAUGAGACCUGAGUGCUUAACUUGUAUCAUGAUUGCUGUUAUCAUGUAAUACCAUUCCAUUAGAUUUAUUUCCUAUAAAACUUUAUUGCAUUAUUUUUUUAAGAGUCAUGGACGAUGAUAUGUGGGUGUGGAUCAGAGUGCUGAGUCUGUUGAACUACCCUGUCACAGAGUUGUAAACACCUACGGUGUAGUUUCUGUAGAGUAAGUGAAUGCUUAGUGCGGACUGAAAAGUGACGAAAAAGAUUUCUGUUGGUUUUUAGUUUUUGUUUUUUGUUUUUUAAGUCAAAUAUCCUUUUUAGGGUUUACAUGUAUUUUUUGUAGCCCUAAUUUCUCCAUAUCAAAUAUAUAUAUUACUGCCUCUUUGAGGUAUUGGGUAUGAUUAAAAUGUCCUGGCUUUUCAUAGUGAUAGAGUGUUAAAGGACAAAUCUGUAUAUGAUACAGCACAUUUGACUAUGUUUACAUGGACACCAAUGAUCUAAUUAUUGUCCUUAUUCUGAAUAAGACAAUAUUGUGAUUAAGGUGUACAUGAGUCGCUUUUAGAAUAUUCCUUUCACGUUCCCGUUUUACAUGUUACAGAACAUAGAUCGAUUAAUGGCACACUUCAUUGCAUCCCCAUGCCAUGCCGUCCGACAUUCCCUCCAGAAUUUCAUGUAUCGACAUACAGUUUGUCUUCAUUAUGGGACCGUAUACAGUUUUGGGUGUUUUAUUUUUCAUUUCACGAACGCUUCAGGUGCAGUUAAUUAUUUGUCAUGCUAUACGUGCAAAUAGACGACUGCUUGAAGCCGCGGACUGUGUCUGAAACCAUGUAUGUACCUACUAUGUAGUAGCUGAGAUACAUGUAUCUCUCCUACUAUAUAGUAGCUGACAUACAUGUAUCUUGCCUACUAUAUAGCAGGUAAGUACACGGUUUCGGACGCAGCUGUGCUCUCUUGUUUGCCGUCAAACGGUUGAGCACUGCCAUGUGUGUACGUUUCCUGUCACAAAAUGCUGUGAAAACUCCCACACGACGUUAAUAAAGCGAUUAAGGUGUGUACAUGUCUGUAAUGCAUGUCGAUAAUGCGACUAAAACAGGAAUACUCCACAUGUCUUAAUUUGAUUUGUGUUUACUUUGACUAUGACUUUAGUCGGAUUAAGGUAAUAAAAAACUGCUGUUUACACGGUAGUUUAUCAAUCAGAGUAUUGUCUUAAUCUGGUUAAUAUUGGAUUAUUGUUGUCCAUGUAAACAUACUGACUCAGAUCAAUGGAAGUAAAAGCCACUUGCUAUUAUAAGAGGAGCUGGAGGAUUUUAAUAUGUUUACUGUUGGUAUAGUAGAAGAGUCUUAAUACGAAGAGAUUAAUAUUAAACAGGUAAUAAGGAAAGAAUGGAAGGUCAAGCAGCUGUAUGGAAGUUAAAUAUCAAAAGAUAGUUGUUCAAAACAGUAAUACACUAUAUUGUCAAAAUGUGGAUACCUGACCAUCACACCCAUAGGUCUGUGUUCCCUAAACUGUUGCCACAAAGUCGGGAGCACACAAUUUUAUAGGAUGUCUUUCUAUGCUGUAGCAUUAAGAUUUCCCUUCCCUGGAACCAAAGGGCCCAAACCUGUUUCAUCAUGAUUAUGCCCCUGUGCUCAAAGCGAAGUCCAUAAAGAAAUGGUUUGUCAAGGUUGGUGUGGAACUCGAAAGUUAUGCACAGAGCCAUGACUUUAACUCCACUGAACAUCUUUGGGAUGAAUUGGAUUGCUGACUGCACACCAGGCCUCUUCACUCGACACCAUUCCUUGACCUCCCUAAUGCUCUUGUGGAUGAAUAUGCACAAAUCCCCACAGCCACACACCCAAAUUUAGUGGAAUACCUUCCUAGGUAGGGACUUAAUUUAAAGUUUUAAUGCCCAUGUUUUUUGAAUGGGCACAUAUGGAUAUGAUGGUCAGGCAUCCACAUAUUUUUGGCUAUAUAGUGUAUUAAAGCUGCAAAUCUAAAUACCCUUAAAUUUCAUAUUUAAACCUGUUCUAGAUUCACAACUGAAUUGUUGGGAUCUGUUUGCAGUUUAAUGUAAGUGUGGCCUCUACUGGUUCAGUUUAAAAGAUACAUUUGGAUUUUCUUUUGUGUGUGUGUGUUCCAAGCUGUGCUGCACUGCCUUCCAUACCCUCCGUGUCUGUUAUCCAGUUUGUGUGUUCAGUCAAUAACUGACCUGUUCUGUCAUUCUGUCUUUGACCCAAGUGUGUGCCAUAAUUGUGUCUCUGUAAGAGUGAAACAUGCAUGUGUGAGAACAGGUGUCUACUGUAUGCAUGCAAUUGCGCUUGAUUGCGUUUGUGUGUGUGUAUGUAUGGUGUGUUUUCUGACCUAAUUUAAGGUACAAUUAUUUUCUUAUUUUCUGCAUGCUUUUCUUUUCGGUACAUAUUUAGUGCAUUAGUACCUGCAUUUCUUUAUUUCUUCCCAUUCCAGGUUAAACAUUUCACACCUUCCGGUACUAGGUUAUAGAACUCCCCAGACUUUCCGAAGUGUACAGAAAGUGUACACUGUAUUUGUACAUUUCUGUAUUUGUCAUUGUCUUUUCUUUGUGAAAAGGAAUCUAAAAGUAGAAUUCUCUGAUUGUGUAAAAUGUCCUGUUCUCUGAGCAGAGUCAGUUCCCUCUUCCCGUUAACACCUAAACAGCAGAAAUCUCAUGUAAUUCACAGUUAUGUUUGGGAAACGUGUGUGAAAUGGAUAACAUUUAGCUUUUUUAAAAUGGUAUUUUCUGCACUGCAGAAAGUUUGGAUAAAUGCAGGAUCAAAACAACAACAUGUGUGUAAAUAGUAAUUGGGGGAAUGUAAAUACAUCAAUUUGAGGUAUGUUAUUAAAUGAUAAAAAAUAAAGAAUGAGUGAUAGUUG